AAUCUUUUAUUUUGAAAAUAUGAGUAGUAGUCGUUGCUGAGAACGCGGCUUUUGUCUGCAUGAGGAAUGAAAUUAUAGCAGAAUACAAAAAUGACCUGUGAAUUUGAGUAUCACCGAACAAAAUCCUUGCUGUUACAUCUUCACAUGGGAAUUAUUAAACACCUGGACAGCAAGCCUGGAGUGCACAAGAUAGAGAGUAACGAGAAGCCUCCUGCAGAAAGACCAGCUAUCAUCGCCUGGGAACAACGAAAUACCACUUUCCUUCCUGAAGACCUGAAAAAUUUUUUCAUGACAUCUGAUGGCUUUAACAUGAACUGGAGCGUUGUGAUGGAAACUGGUACUGUGCCCGUGGGAAGAUUACAUGUAAAUGGAAUUGGGCAGUUACAGCGUCUUGAUCUUAACUCAGAUGCAGUUUCCAGCACCACACCAAAUGUCAGCAUCCUUGACCCUGACUCUGAUGAUGACACAGAUAAUCCAAGCAAACCAAAGUUUUCAGGUGGUUUCCGCAUUUUUGAGUUGGAUCCUUGUAACGGAUAUGGAAAGGUGUGCAUGGUGUACAGAGACUCAAAACCAACCACAGUUUUAAUUGCAGGAGAAAUGACCAGCGAGAUUUGGUUUCUGGACCGUGCUCUGGGAUGGCAUUAUCUGGCUGCAACUUUCACAGACUAUUUUCGCCUCAUGAUCAUGCAUCUUGGACUUCCACACUGGCAGUAUGCCUUCACAGACUUUGGUGUACCACCACAAUCUAAGCAGUGGUUUCAUCUGUAUGCUCAAGUCCGCUUUGAAAUUGAUCUGCAUUGUAUUGCUGAUGUGAAAGCUGCCACCACUGUAAAUGCUGCAUCAAAGACAUUGUUUGAUCCUUCCAAAGUUUUCAAGGGCAAGAAUGAAAAGAAGAAAGUGACAGGUACAGGACAAAGUGGAUCAGUUCAAAAUGCAAACACCAGCAGCACCCACAACAGAUCUAAAAAGCCACCGGUUUCUUCUGCUAGAUCGGCCAGUUCCUUGGGGGCAAAACCCUUGUCAUCCUCGUCCUCUACACAAUCUUUAAUAAAGAGCAGCCGCUGACAGUA